AUGAAGUCGGGUUCUUCUACCGGCGCGAAGAAGGCUAAUAAGUCUUCCCCUGUGCCCCCGGCUGAUCCCAUCUCCGACAAAUUGUCCUGCCCACGCAGUGUGCAGGGCUCGUAUUCAAGCCACCAAGCUCGCACGAGAACGAAUAACAUUAGCUCACAGGUGAUGAGCUUCUGGCCAGCGCUGCACAAGGCGAAAAGCGAGGUCGUGAAAUGGACGCGCCAAUGUGCGGCGCUCGAUUUUGGAGAAGUAGUUGCUGGAGCAUCGGUUGGAAGAGAAGCAGCAGCAGAAGAAGCUGGUUGA